AUGUGCCAACUGUCAUUUAAGGUGCAGAAUAACGUCACCACAUCUACGCGCCGAUUGCUGAGCGCAGUCAUCUCUAAAAACUUAGCAAGAUUAAUGUCAUAUAAGGGUACUUCGGAAAAGACUGGUAUCCGAGAUUUCACAUUUUUCCAGCUUAUAAUUAUUGAUGUCAUCACUCGUAAACAAAUACAACUUGGUUCCACAGAGGAGGACACAAUCGAUUCGAUAGUCAAAGCCACUAAAAACUGGUGCCAUGAUCAGCGGCUAAGGAAGAAAUUGGAUUUAUCACCAGAAGAGAUGUGUGCCGACGACAUUCAACUUGGGCCUGCUAGCAGUUCACAAUCUAUUGAAUUUACACAACCACAAUGCCCAUUUCUUACCUUACUGAGGAAACAUAAACUGGGUUGUUUUGUGAAGGCAAUUGCAUUCUAUUUUAUUCACUGA